UAGACAUUAGCUUGACAGCCAGAGAAUGCGCAGAAAGUUGUCGCUUUUUGACUACGUCAUCAGUGAUCGAAUCUAUACACGAGGGGAAGGGGAGCAAGUUUCAUUUAGCUACCGAGAUCUGUGUCUCAAAUUUAAGGCAUGGGGAAGCAGAAAACGAAGAGGUUUGCUGUGAUGAAGAGAAUGAUCAAUCUGAAAGAUCAAAGAAUAAAAGAGAAAGACCGAGCUAAAACAAAAGAGAAAAAGAAGAAAGAUCCCUCAGAGCUUAAGGAGAGAGAAGUGACAAAGUACCCAUCAUGCCUCUUCUUCCAGUACAAUACUCAGCUUGGUCCACCGUACCACAUUCUAGUCGACACCAAUUUCAUCAACUUCUCCAUCAAGGCCAAACUGGACAUUGUUCAGUCUAUGAUGGAUUGUCUGUAUGCCAAAUGUAUCCCAUAUAUCACAGACUGUGUGAUGGCUGAGAUUGAAAAGCUUGGAAUGAAAUACAGAGUUGCACUCAGGAUAGCCAAGGAUCCAAGGUUCGAGCGUCUGCCGUGCACACACAAGGGAACAUAUGCUGAUGACUGUUUAGUACAAAGGGUAACACAGCACAAGUGUUACAUCCUGGCUACUGUGGACAGAGAUCUAAAGAGAAGAGUCAGGAAGAUCCCUGGAGUACCCAUCAUGUACAUCUCAAACCACAGGUAUAAUAUUGAGCGGAUGCCCGAUGACUAUGGUGCUCCAAGAUUUUAAUAAUUCUACGGCUGAGCUGGACCUGUAAAUGAACUGAAGUUUCUUGUUAAAUAUUAUUUUCCUUUUAUGUAUAUUAAAAAAUAUUGUUUGGGUUUGCAGUUUGAUUUGGUGAGGGAUGGGAUGGGGUGUAUUUGAUGUAACUGAAAAUUACUUAGUGUUGUUUUUCUUAUGAAACAUUUUGUUACAAGAAUAAAUGAAUUGUUGCAGAACA